GUCAUUCUGUAGUUUUGGUCAAUAAUAGUUUGUACUUUUAUGGUGGUGAUACAACAAUUGGUGCUCCAGUAGAUAGUCCUCUAUGGAUUUCCGAUUUAGCCAUCUUACCGAUCGAUGAGCCGUUCGCCUUGACUAGACUUCCUUGGAAACCUACUUCUGGUCCUCAAGCAACUUUAGGUGGUCCUACGGUAUAUUCCCAUAUUGCUUUUGCUGGUGGUAAUCAAAACGGAAACAUGAUCAUUGUUGGAGGUCUCAUGCCAACAAAUAGUACUACUGACGAAGCUGAUGUGGCUUACAGUUAUGAUUGUGAUCUUGGUCGUUGGAAUACAUUCAGUCUUCCUCCCAAAAAUUAUUUGAAUCGACAAGGUGCUUUUGCUACCAUAGUGACCGAUGGUGUGGCCUAUAUAUGGGGUGGGAAACGAUCUCGGGUUCAAAAAUUUAAUAAUACGGUUGAACAAUUACCUUCUUCCAUGUAUCGAUUAGAUUCUCUUUAUCCUGCCAAUUCUACUUUACUCCAAUCAUCAUCUCUCAGUCCUCCUUUACGUUAUUCUCAUACUCAAACUUUGGUGAAUCAAAAUGUGAUUGUUAUACUUGGUGGAUUCGACGGUUCUACAGGUAGUCCAAUUUCAAUGCAAGAUAUAUGGACAUUCAACACUCUGACACAUCAUUGGACACAAGUGAUGGCAACUUUAGAUAAAGAAAACAAACCUGCUAAUCGAAGCUCUCAUAGUGAAGUACUCAUGUCGGAUGGUGUUUCUAUUUUAAUAUAUGGCGGUUAUGAUGGGUAUCAUGUUUUCAAUGACGUCGCUGUGCUGGACACAAGAACUUGGACUUGGACUGUGAAAAAUACCAAUGCUGCUGUACAAGGUCGAGCCGAUGUAAGUUGAAGAAAAGAGAAAGAAUGAAAAAAAAAAAAUGAAAAAAAAAAUACAAUCACACUGAUUUGAUAAUCUUAUCUUUCAAAUGUGGAUGAUUUGCUCGUU